AUGUUAUCGUCUAAACUCAACACCGCCACUUUGGCCAUUUUCGCUAUAUGCAUUAUUGCACCUAUCGCACAUGCUGCUAUUACAGCUGACCCAUCCCUAAAGAUCCCAGAAACGCUGUCUAAGGGUCAAGGUGCAAUCUUUGUUGUUGGAGACGCAGACAGCAUUGCAAUUUCUGCUACUCAUCAAGCACCUGAAGCGAUUGCAACUUGUCAUGGAACGAUUGAUGAAAAAAGUCAAACUUAUGAAGCUCCAUGCUCUUGCUCUACUGAAAGUCAACAACAAAUUUUCCAUGCUCAAUGCACUAAUGUUAAAGGUUCAGCUGCAAUCGUUUUCCACAAAUCCGGCGAUCCGGGCAACACUGUUGACGUUCAAGCUGUUGAUGGAAUGUAUGCAUCAUUCAGUCAGAAUGUGCCAUUGAAACAAGGUACUAUGAGCUCAACACAAGAUGGUACAAUGGUUGUCUUGAGCUGUGGCAACGACCAAAGUUCCCAAAGUUCCCCAAGUUCCCCAAGUGACCCAACUUCCCAAAGUUUGCAAGACUCCAACUAA